UCUCACCCCAGUCUGGUCCCCAUUUUGCCUUUCCCCUCCUUCCUAUUCUUCCAGUUGCAUCCUCUGCAGGGUCUCUCUCCUCCUGGGGUCUGAGUUUUGCAGCACAGCCUGUUCAGGGAUUCUUUGCUCCGAGACAGAAGACAGCAUUGAGUCUCCUUGGCUGCUUCAUUGGACACCCAACCAAAGAUGGAGGAACCCUACUCAGCUGGACCUGAAACAGAAGGAGCCUGUGAUGGCAUUAAUGGCGAGAGCAGUGGGGAAUUCUGGAAAAGAACUGUGCAGAAGUUUCUUAAUGGCGACAUGGCCAGCUCUGACAUACAGCGCCAGUGCUUCAGGCACUUCUCUUACCAAGAGGGCAGGGGGCCCCGGGAGGUUUGCAGCCAACUCCAUCAUCUCUGCAACCAGUGGCUGAAGCCAGAGGAACAGACCAAACAUCAAAUCUUGGACCUGGUGAUCCUGGAGCAAUUCCUGAGCAUCCUUCCCCCAGAGAUGGAAAGCUGGAUCAGGGACUGUGGGGCAGAGACCUGUUCCCAGGCAGUAGCCUUGGCAGAAGGUUUUCUUCUGAGUCAGGCCAAUAACAAGAAACAGGAACAGCAGGGGGAGGUUCAGUUCUGAUCUCCCUGCAUCAGAGGAGUCUUCAGAGACCACCAAGAAAC